AUGAAUUCUACAACUAAAACCUACACUGUUAUGUGUACAUGUUCAUCAUAUACCAAAAAUGCAAUUAGCGGAAUUUUGCAAAAUGCACAGACCUUUAAGCGUCAUAAUAAUGCUGAUAAGUUAUUAGACAUUGGCCCAAAAAAUCGAGUUAAUACAGAAGUUGUCAAAGAAGAGACAGACGUUGAGAUGGUAGAUGUAUCUGAAACAUCGAUUGAUUAUGAAGACAAUUAUUCUAUUGUAUCAGCCGAAACUACUGUACAGAGUGUACCUUUUUUGAGAGAAGACGAGAUUUUUCAAUUCGAAGAGUCUGAUGUCGAGACAACAUCAUUGGCUUCUGACAAUGACGAUCCUGAUUCAAGUGAUGAGUCUGAAGAUGAGAGCGAAGUUGAGGUUGCCAGUGUUGAAGAUUUUGAAGACAUGGUUGCUUCUGUUGCUUCUUUGAAAAUUCAUGAAAUGUCUCAAAUAAGCCAAUUCAUGGCUCUAUUUGGCAUUAUUUUUCAGGCGUUUUACUUGGUUCAAGCAGGUGGAACUGCUAUGUUGAAAUUCUUCCGCCAUCUUCUUGUUGCCUUUGAUAAGGAUACCGAUCUCCCACUCACCAUUGAUGCAUUAAAGACUAUGACUGGCUUCAAUUUCAUGACAAAAAGCAUUGUCAAAUACACCGUCUGCAACAAGUGCUUUGCAAUUUACCUACCAGGCAAUCGCCAACCAAAUUGCACAUUCGAAAAAUACACAACCACACCACCAACAUACUGCGGAAAUCCUCUUUUCUCUGACACCAAAGCUGAUCGACCCGUCCCUCUCAUGGUUGUCCCAUAUAACUUGCUCAAGAAUGCAUUGGCACAGCAUUUUGCCAAACCUGGAUUCGAGUAUCAAAUCGUUCAAUGGAGAUCAAGGGAAACCGUAAACAGUAUCUUGUUGGACGUCUAUGAUGGUGCAAUGUGGUCUGAGCUCCUUGAUGAAGAUGACGAGCCUUUUGUGAAUCACAACCGUUCUUUGAUGUUGACAUUGAAUGUGGAUUGA